CAAUUCACAACUUUCAAAACAUUUGCGCGUGGGGCUGUGGGUUGAGUCCAAUUGCAUCACCGACCGUCAUAAAACAAGGAGAGCAGCUCACCGGAGGGGAAAAAGUGAAAGAACAACCUCUGACUCAGACCUCGAGAGGACCUGGAGAGGGCACGAGCUAAACCCAUGGACAUUAAAGUCAUGAAGAGACCGCGCGCGCUCUGCUGCAGCAUUAAGCUGUUCGUCCUGUGCCACGGCCUCCUGCAGUUCUCUCAGUUGCUGUACAGCGCGUACUUCAAGAGCACCAUCAGCACGAUCGAGAGACGCUACGGCCUCAGCAGCUACUCCUCAGGAACAAUUUCCUCUCUGAACGAGGUCAGUAACAGUGUGCUGAUUGUGUUCGUGAGCUACUUUGGGAAUCGUGUUCACCGUCCUCGAGUCAUUGGAGUAGGAGGACUUCUGAUGGCUGUCAGCGCCAUGAUCCUGACAUUACCUCACUUCCUGUCACAGCCUUACGAAUUCGACUCUGUUUUUCACAAUCGUCAUGACAUCUGUAACUUGCAGGGGAACUCUAGCGCCCCUGAGUCCUGCGGUCAAGAUGAAACCAGGCGCCUGAAGGACACGAACAACCUGUGGCUUCUCAUGGGCAGCGCUCAGCUGCUCUUCGGGGUGGGCUCGGUGCCCAUACAGCCGUUUGUAUCCUACAUUGAUGAUUUUGCAGGACCUGGAAACUCCCCUCUUUACAUAGCCAUCCUGUUUGCAUUUUCUGUAUUCGGGCCUGCCAUCGGCUACCUGCUGGGCUCAGUGAUGCUGCGGCUCUAUGUUGACGUGGACAGAACUGGUUUAGGAGGUGAACAGGAGCUGAGACAAGGAGACCCCCGUUGGGUCGGUGCCUGGUGGAUGGGUCUGCUCAUCGCCACCGGCUGCCUGGUUCUCACCUCCAUCCCGUACUUCUUCUUCCCUAAGAGGAUGCAGACGGAAGAUACUGUGAUUGAAAGUGAAAGUGACAUGAAAGAUGACUUCAAGAAGCCGGAUAUCUCUUUACUUGAUUUCCUCAAAAUGUUUCCCAGGAUGUUUGUCCACCUCCUGCUGAGCCCUCUCUUCCUGAUGCUGGUCCUGGCUCAGUGCUGCUUCUCCUCAGUGAUCGCAGGUCUCUCCACAUUCCUCAACAAGUUUCUGGAGCGUCAGUACAGCACUUCAGCCGCCUAUGGGAGCCUGCUUGUAGGUGCUGUCAAUCUGCCAGCAGUAGCGGUGGGGAUGCUGGUGGGUGGAAUCAUCAUGAAGAGGGCGGGUCUCUCUCUGAAGACCAUCCCACGUUUCUCUGUGGUGAUGUUGACCAUCUCCACCCUCCUCUUUAUCCCUCUCUUCUUCAUGGGCUGUCCCACGCAGAAAGUCUCCGAGGUCAAUCAUUACCAAAUCGGACAGUACGGGUCUCUGUCUCUGUGCUACUCCAACUGCUCCUGUCCUGCCAGUGCCUUCAACCCCGUGUGUGGCUCAGAUGGUGUCGAGUAUAUUUCACCUUGUCAUGCAGGCUGCACCAACUUCACCAAAGACCCCAACAACACACACAGAGUUCAGCUGUAUACAAACUGCAGGUGUAUAUCAGGGAGUCAGAGUUACGCCCGUCCAGCUGCCUGUCCAAACAGCUGUCCACAUUUACUCCUUCCUGUGAUUCUCGUCAUCUCUCUGGCAUCAAUGAUCGCCUGCCUCACUCACAACCCCAUGUACAUGAUGGUGCUGAGAUCAGUUUCCUCUGAAGAAAAGUCAUUUGCUAUAGGAAUUCAAUUUUUACUCAUGAGAGUAUUAGCUUGGCUUCCUGCUCCUGCUCUGUUCGGGAUGGCCAUCGAUACAUCGUGUGUGUGGUGGAGGCGUGUGUGCGGCAAGAAGUUCAGCUGUGGCUACUAUGACAACAACAUCCUGAGAAACAGGUACCUGGGCUUACAGGUGGGUUAUAAGGUCAUGGGCAUCAUCCUGCUCAUGAUGCUGGGCUGGAAGGUGCAGCGGACUCAGGAGUACAGUCUGGAGAAGAGGCCUGAAGGACUCCUGUGACCAUGCAGAGCGUCCAAAUUGGUCCAAGUUUGUUAAAGCUUUGCAGGUUUGUUAAACAUUUUAGAGGACAAUGUGAAGAGCAAAGCUGAGGCACUGGGAGGAAGUCCAACAUCGACCUCUAUAUGUGAAGGCCAACGUCUCGACCUGCUGCUUCACCGGUUGGAGUUAAGAUAUUCAUUUUCCAAAGGCGAAAAUGUCCAAUGUCUUUGAAUGAUUUAAAGCUUUUGAUAUUAUAUUCUGAAAAUAAGCUUCACGCGUCACAAGUUAAGAGAGGAUGGAAAAACUGUCUCUCUUUUGUGGUACGUCACGUUUUUUACAUGCGUCUGAGACGAUGAAAAGAGUCCAACUGAUAAAGAGACAACAGAUGAAUAUCUUUGUGUUUUAAUUCUUCCUGUAAGUUAGGAAUCUAGUCAGGUUUCUAUUUCCAAUGGGAACAUAUUCUGUAACUAAUGAACUAAUGUAUAGCUUAAUAUUUAAGUUGAUUUUUUAUAGUUUUUUGUCUCAUACACAGAGACAUCUGUGAUAAAUAGAGUGCUCAUUUGAUAUAUUAUCUCGUUACACUUGGUUUAGUUGCAUAUCUAAUGAUUUUUUUUAAACACCAAUCACAUUCACUGUUAACCACACCACACACAAUAUGCUAUCAACCUGUGUGGUUAUAUUGUUGUUUAUCAAAGUAGGUUGCAUAACAUGUUAACAUUACUGGCAAAUAAAAAAUAUACACCAUU